AUGGCAGGAACUCAGGAAAAAUACAACUGGAUAGAGACUACUAUUAAAGUUCAACUACAACACAUUAAUAAGAUAAAACCUGAUCCCAGGAACGUGUUAUCAACUAGUACUAUAAAAUUGCUAGAACAAAGAAACCAGCUAAUCAACACAAAAGAUAUAAACGACAGAAGAAAGCACAUAGCGAAAAUCAGUAAAGACAUCAAUGAAAGCAUAAGAAAAGACAGCAAAAGAAGAAGAAUGGAAAUUAUCGAAAAAUAUGUAAUCAAAACAGGAGGUGUUAAAAAAGCUAACAAAGAAUUAACAAACUCAAAAGACUGGAUCGCAAAAAUUAAAAACCUCAGCGGAGAAUACAGCCACCACAGAAAAAACAUCUUACAAAUUGCCACAUCUUAUUACAGAAAGAUAUACGAACACAACAUCGCUCAAGACGAAGACGACUUAGAGGAAACCUCAAACGUCCCUAACAUCCUUAUGAGUGAAGUGAUAAAAAUGACAAUAAAUUAUGAGUGGAGUAUUGAAAAAAACGCGGAUGGGCACUUUCAGCCAGAAGAAGAAAGUUUCACAUCGGAGGAUCCUGAAACUGAUACUCAAACUCAAAAUCUUUUUGACAUUGUAAUGCAGGACAGGAAUUUAAACAGCUAA